GCGUGUUGAAAACGUUAAAAUUUUAUCCAAAAGAUCAUCGGAUGGUACACUCUCAGCAUUUGUGGAUUUUGUUGAUAUAAAAUGUGCAACAAAAGCUCACGAAUCUGUGAAUAAACUCGGAGAUCAUGAACUGAGGACCGACUACAACGAACCGGAUCGGCCACCAGGCACGGUUGUGCAUAUACACGAAUGUGAGGAUUCUCCAACACAACACAUGUCUAUGAUGUCUGCCAGGGACUUUGGUGGUACAUAUGCUCGCCAGUCGCGAUAUGUCAGGGAAGGGUAUGCUGAUGAUAGGAAUUACGAACACUCUGCAUAUGCUGCCUAUGAUAGGAGUCUAUACGACAGACACUAUGAACAACACCCAGCUGCAUCAUAUUAUGAAAAUGAAGACAUUGCAGCCGCUAUGUACUAUCCUGUUCAUAGUCGCCGAAAAUCUUACGGACGUACAGCGUAUGCACAGCAACAGAAAAGGACUCCCAGUGCUUAUAACGUGCAAGGAUAUUCUAAAUUUAAUAAAUAUGAGAACCGACGACGGACAGGAGAGUUAGAUCAAAAUGUGGAAACUAGGGGACGACGUAAGCAUAAAAAAAUGCAUAAACAGUCGCAUUGUAAAGGACUUUCAGGGUCUGGUUCGCGUUCUCAGUCACCAUCAGCGUCGAGAUCUCGAUCGCCGUCUAAAUCACAUUCCCAGUCAAGAUCUCGGAGUUGCAGUGAGUCACGAAGCCGUUCGCGGAGCUCUGAUAGCAGUGUUUCUAGGAGUAGCAGUUGUUCGAGCAGAGACAGUGCCUCACGUCAGUCACCCAGUGGCAGUAGUCGGAGUAGCAGGGAUAGUAGAAACACUGAUUCUGGAUGUAAGCGGUCUACGGCACUGUGUGUUAAAAACUUGCCGAGCAGGUCAACAGAUACCAGCCUCAAAGAUGGUUUAUUUCAUGAAUUUAAAAAACACGGUACUAUCCUUGCUGUUCGUGUACAAGGAGCUGCAGCUGACCGAUUUGGAUUAAUAUUUUUCAAGCGAGCAGAGGAUGUUGAUAAAGCGAUUGAUAAAUCCAAAGGAAAAUUGUUCUUUGGAUCAGAGAUUGAUGUAUCAAUAUGGACUGGUCCUGUUGAUACGGAGGUAGAUGGCGAUCUGCGAUUACAUGAAGAACCAAUCAGUGAAUACCAUUCCAAAGCAUCUAGGACAUUAUUUAUUGGAAACCUGGAGAAAAAUACAACGUACAGCGACUUAAGAGAAAAAUUUAAAGCUUUUGGUGAAAUUGUGGAUAUUGACAUCAAGAAGCAGGGUGGUGUUCCAGCGUAUGCAUUUAUGCAGUUCGCAAAUAUUAAGAGUGUCGUCAAGUCUCUGAAGAAGAUGGACGGUGAACCGAUCGGCAAGAAUAGAUUUAAGCUUGGGUUUGGAAAGAGUAUGGCAAACAAUUGUCUUUGGAUUGAAGGCAUAGCGGCAACUGUAACAGAAAGUACACUGGGUAGAUUCUUUAGUCGAUACGGCGCUGUGACGCACUGCGAUAUUGACAGGAAAAGUGAACUAGCUUUGGCAUAUUUUGAUAAGGUGGAAAGUGCACAGUUUGCCUUGAAUGAAACAAAAGGAAGAAAACUAUCGAAGAAAAGGUUGCAGGUCGACUUUGCCAGUGUUGAAUUACAGAAUAACUUUUAUGAAAAUCUUAAAAAAACUGGUCAAACUUUCGUCGAUAGAAGAGAUGUCACACCAUAUCCAAAGUACAGAGAAGUUCGAGAUCCACCUCCAGCACAGUAUAAUAAUUACUAUAAUAGAGAUGUAAACUACCAUCAAUACCAGACAAGUAGUAGACCACCAUAUCCUGAGGAUUACGACUACGAUGAUUGGAAUCAGAGGAGGAACUAUGAAGACGAAUAUAGUACAGGAAGUGCCGCAAGUUAUCGUGAUGUAGAAGAUUCAUAUGAACAAGAACUUAGAGAAUAUGGAUAUCGGCAGAGGGAAAGGCGGGAGCAGUUACAUCGAGAACAAAGUCCAGUAUCAUCACGAGAAAGGGGAAUUACUCUGAGUAGGCGGAAUAGUAUUGAAAGUCAAGAGAUGAAAAGGCGAAGUCCCAGUCCGAUGUGUCAAAGCAGAAGUGUUAGCCCGCAUAUCAAACGAAAGUCAAAGGCACACAAAAAGCUGAAAGCCGAAAAAGCACAUAGUCCAUCACGGCAGAUUUGUUCACGUAGUAGAUCUGUAACUCCAUGCUUGUUGUCAGAGCCUGAAGAACCAGUAUCAAAAAGUAAAAAAAAGAAAGAAAGGAAGAAGUUGAAAUUGCUCGGGAAGGAUGAAGUCAGAAAGAAGUCUAAGAAACAUGGAAGUAAAGUGAAAAGUGUCAUUGAAGAAGAUUUGAAAGUGUCAGCAAAAAAUGAGCUUAUAAGCCCAACUAGAAGUCCUGCACGCAGUAUAAAGAAAGAACCUCCAAGUCCUCUGUAUAGUGUCCAAAAUGAGCUUCCCUUACACAGGCUUACUCCAGAACAAACUGUUAGUCCAGCCAGAGUGAAAGAGGCUGUGAGUCCCACAAAAUGUGUAGAUAUUGAUCCUGCUACAAGGAUGGAUAAUGACAUUAAUGCUAAAAAGAAAGGAGACCAAAAACUUGGUGGAAAAAUAAAAAAACAGAAAGAGUUUUCUGUUAAAGGACAAGGACCCUCGCGGUUGAAAAAACAUGAUGAAAUGUCGCCACGGGAAAGGGUUUUGCCAAUAGACAGGCAUGAAUUUGAAUCUGAACAUAAGAAACUGAAAGUCAGGCAUGACCCUGAUAAGGAUAAAGGGGAGGAUGUUGACAAGCACAUCAAGAGGAGGAAAUUAGAUGAUGAACUUGGGCAGGCAUUGGAAACGUCUGAUUUCAAGCCUGUGAAGAAACCAGAAAGAAAAUACAGUUUAAUUGAGUCAGUAAUUAAAAAAGAAAAGGCAGAAAGAACACUGAUACAAGUAAAGCCUAUUAAAAUGGAUCCUGAACAUCUACGAAAAAGAGAGGUAACAACGUCAAAAGAAAAUGUGCUAGAACCCAGUCCACCUGAGUCUAAAAUAUCUGGUGAAUUGUCUAAUAAAAGAAUUUUAGAAACUAAUAAUGAUGUUAAAGUAGAACCAGUGGAAACAACUCAUGUAGGUGAAAAAACAGAAGUGGAAACUAAAACAAAAAACAAUAGUAAAACAGCAGUGAGUCAUCAGGAGAAAGUGAGAAUAGGACAUUUAUUUGAAACAGGUAACUGUCUGGCCAGUCCGGCUGACAAACGUUCUGAUGAAAGCACCGGAAAAAAGAUUAGCAUGAAACCUGAGGAUAAGUUAGGAGCUGGAUUUAUUGAUACAAGCUUGAGUUUUAGAAAGCAGAUGGAGCAAAGAAGAAAGCUGCAACAACAACAGCAGCAGCAGCAACAACAACAACAACAACAGCAGCAGCAGCAGCAGCAGCAACAACAAAAGCAGCAGCAGAAGGAAAAAGUGGCAGAAAAUGAAACACCUUCAGAAACACCCAAGUUUUCAGAAUUUGAAUCACCGGAAGGCAACACCCGGCCUGAAUUUCCACAGAAUUUUCCGCAUAAGCGAAAAUACAGAACAAUAGACAUGUCACAAGGGAAUGAAAAAGAAUUUAUGAAGAGAAGUUAUAGAACAAGGCAAGUUAGUGAUGAACUUGCUAGUCCUAAAGAUGAAAAAGUCACAAAAGAAAAAUUCAGGGUUACGCCAGAGAAUUCAUCAAACAGUCCAAAGCAAGUGAUACAGGAGAAGGUGUCACAUUCAUUGACCAAUUCAACAAAGAAAGUAGAGAGAAGCCCUGAUAAAACUUGGAAGCUACAGCCGCUUAGUUCAGAAACUACAGAUCUGAAAACAAAGGUGGAUCGCAUUUCUUUAUCAGACUCUAAAAGCCAUAAUAGGAUGUCUGAGUCUACUGAACAUUCAAAAAGCAUUCCACAGAAACCAUCGGAAAGACCUAAAGAACGCAAACUGCUUUCUUUUGUACAAAAAUAUGAAACUAUGGACGACUGGGAACUAAUCUCGUGUGUAAAAGCUGGAUUACAGCAAGUACACAAUAGUCAAGAUGAAGAAAAGGUGGAAAAUAGUGAAAUAAAGAAAUGUCAUUUGCAAGUAACCACUCCAGUACAGCCAGUAAAACAUGCUCAGGAAACACCGAUGCCUUCGCUCCGACAACUCUCAACACCCUUAGAUAGUAGUGCUGAGGGUCCAGAUUUUGAUAGGACAUGUGUUUCAGUAACUGGUGUUGGAACAACAUCUGGGCUCUCAUCUAUUGCUCUUUUACCAAGAACUAUUGAGAUUGUGGAAAGAAAGAAAAUUGGGCGUAUCAAAAAGAAAUCCAGUGUUGAAACUGAACAGAUAUCAAGUGCUUCAGAGACACAACCAAGUGAAUCUGAAGAGGAAGUGAAAGAUAUACCUAAACCUAGAGUUAUACGGAGCAGUAUCUUUGACCAAGACCUUGCUAGACUGGAAAAAACUGCAAAAAUAUUUGAACCAGAUCAUGAAGCCAAUUUUCAUUUUAGUGCAGAACUUGAUUCACAAUCUAAAUUAGCAGAUUCAAAAAUAAGGACUAAAGCUGCAGCGAAGGAUUAUCCUUCACUAGUGGCAAGGACAAUGCCUUCAUUACAUCCUCAAACAAGGUUGUUAGACUCUCUGAGUGUUGAUGUGUCCCCUUCAGAAAAAUCUGAUGACACUACUAAACCACCUUCAUUGUCUCCAAAUAACAGUACACAUAUCCCACUUAAUUCGUCUGUAUUGAGAGAAUCACUGAGUAGCACUUGUGACACUUAUGCUCUUGUCAGUCAAGGUGGAACUUCAAUGUCAUUAGAUAAUGAAAAUACUGGGGCUGAUAAUGACACAUCAAGCCAGCGAAAACGUUCACCAAGCCCACCAGAAUUGUCUCCUCAAAAAGUGGAGUCUCCUGGUCAAACUGAGGAACCUUCUGGUAGGAUUCUAGCAAUUAGUAAAGCUCUAUCUAAUCCUCAUACAAUGGAAAAGGAAAAACCUGAAAACAAAUCAAAGUCAGAGGCUGUUACAGAAAUUCAGCCUCUAGGAACAUCUUUAGCUUCUAGGAGAGAAUAUUAUAAGACAAUGUAUAAGGUUAGGAGGAAAAAUGAAAGUCAUUCCACUGAUGACAAAACUGAAAAAUCAGAAGAAAAAUCAAAACCAGUUGAGGACAAUGUUUCAAAUAUCAAUGUAAAUGUGUCGCAGAAGGAUUCUGAAUGUGUUAAUGCAUCUGAAAAUGGGUUAAAGCCUACACUUGAACUUAACUUACCGAAAGAUCCUGUCAUAGUCUCUGCUCCAAAUUUUAACAGUACAGCAAAAUCAGAAUCUGAUAAGAAAAACACAGCUGCAGAAGUAGUAGAACCAACUGACAAACCUAGUCCCAAAUCAGAAGAACUUAAAACUGGAGUCCAUCUUGCGGAAACUGAUAACAAAAAAGCAAGGAAGACCAAGUCAAGGGAACCUAGUCAAGACAGGAGUAUUUCAUCUAAUUUUCAGAAUGAGGAUGCUGGGAAAGGAAAAGAAACAAAAAGUAAGAAGUUAAAAGACACUGGGAAGGUUAAAAAAGUUAAAGAUGAUAAAGACGGGAAAAGGAAAUCAAAAUUACCAAGUGUAGAUGUUUCUGAUAGUGACAAAGAAGGAAAAGAUGCAAAAAAUAUUAGUCAGAAACAAGAAGAGGAUAAAAAGAAAGCAGUGAAAAAAGAAGUUAGUGCCAGGAAAAGCACAGAAGAAGAAUUAUCAGGUGGUAAAGAACAGGAAAAGGUUAAAAAGGGUAAAUCUGCUGGCAAGGAGCAACUGAAAAAAGAAAAAAAUACGAAACAGAAGGCUAGCAAGAAAGAAACAAAGAACAAGAAUUCUGAAACUACUGAGUCUGAAAGCGUUCAGAAAAUUGAGAAAGAAAACCCUUUGAAAUUAGACAAGUCUUCACUCGAGGAAAAGCUUCCUCCUAAAACAGAAGAAAAAGUGAAGAAAGCAAAGAAGGGAAAAGAGAAGACUAAAAAAGAGACAAAGAAAGAAAAAGAAGAACGAGAACUGGUUGAAUUUUUAGAAGAGAAAUCAGCCCUGGAGGAAAAUGAAAACCCUGAAACUACAGUAAGUGUGGACGUACCUAUUGAAGAACCUGUCAAAGUGUCCAAAAAACAAGACAAAUCAAAAUCCAAACCUGAACGCAAACAAUCCAAAUCCAAAAAGAAGCAAAGCCAGGAAGAUGAAACUGAAAAAGGAGAUACACUAGAGAGUUUUGUUAGAAGUCAAAGAAAAUCACCCAAGAGAGGUCGGAAGGUUAGAUCUAAAUAUGCUGUGAUUUAUGAUUCUGAUGAUGACGAUGAUGAGGAGGAACAGUUAGUGCCACCUGUCCCUCGUAAACCUGAGGAAAUUCAUAUUGAUAAUGAUAUGGAUGAUCUGAGUAGACCACUCGUUAUUGAGUUGGGUGAAAGUCUGGAUGUUGACAAGGAAAAAAGAGAACCUGAAAAAGCCAAUGAAUCUUCUACAUUUGAUUUGGAAAGUCAAAACGAAAAGCAUGCAAAGUUGGAAGAGAUUCCUGAAAAGCCUUUAGAAUCCAACAAGUGUAUUGGAGCUGUCAAAGAAGUCAGUUUAGAAACUGAUGUACCAAAGGAGGAUGAAUCUUCUGCAGCUAAAAAGGAAUGUGCAGGCAGUGAUCAGGGACCAGCACAGAAGUUAGAAGAUACAACAGAAGACAAUGAAAAUGCUCAACUUCUUUUAGCAUUAACAGCAACUCCUGCCAAUCCAGAAAUAUCAGAACCACUGAAGUCCCCAAAACGAAGAGGCAGAAAGCGAAAAGACCCCAAAACAGAUGUACAAAAAGUGAAAGACAGUCCAGUGAAGGUAAGCCCUUCUGUUCCUUCAACACCCCCUGCAGAAACUCCUGAAUCACCCAGUGCAGUAACUAAAGGAAAAAGACGAGGUAGAAAACCAAAGGCACUCAAGAUUGCAGAGGCUCUUGAAGAAAGACGUCUAGCUGAAGAGAGACUAGUACUUGAAGAAAAAAGGUUGGCAGAAGAAGCAAAAAAUGUUGAGGAGGCAAGAGAGGCAGCAAUGGAGCUUGAAAAAAUUCAGGAGCUAUCUGAAGAUUUUGAUACUCCCCCAGCUGAGGAUGCAGCACCACCAGUCGUAUUGUCUCCUCCACAAGUUGCAUCUGCUCAAAAUGCUGCAACAGAAAUUGAAGAGAAGAAAUUAGCAGAAAUGCCCAAAAGUGAGAAAAAUGAAACAGAGCAAAAAGUUGACAUUGUGAAAGUUGAGAAAGCAGAGAAGAUUUGUAUUACCUAUCCUAUUAUACCAGUUGAAAUCAAACCAGUUGAAGAUGUUAGUAAUUGUACUCAAGAUACAAUCAAAACAGAGCAUGAAACAAACUUCCCAGGUGGACAUGUCCCAACAGAAACAAAAGAUACUGAUAAAUCCAAGCGUGGACGGCGUGGCCGUGGACGGCCCCGGUCAUCUGGUAGAAGAUUUAGUGAUAGAAGAGUUAGUGUUGAUAAACAAGAACAAGCAGCUGUUGAAAUCUCUCCAACUUCUCUGCUUUCACAAACACAGUCUGAGACAUCAGAAAAUAAAGACUCGCAAAAGUCACCUGCAAAAGAUGUCUAUGAUUUCGAAGACUCUCCAGAAACUGAGAUAUCUUUGCAAAAACCUUCUCCUUCCAGGCGAGGGCGUAGAACCAGAAAUGUAAGUGGCAGUGGAAGAAUGGGCAGACAACAUAAUCGAACUUCCCCAAGCCGACAAGAUACUUCACCAGUUGCUAGAAGUCAUCUUUCUCCCACAAAACGAACACCAACAAUAGCUGCACUACAUGCAUCUGCACAAAGGGAUGUUGAAAAAGAAAUUGCAGUGCAACCUGAUCAGCAUAAAACUCCUGCUAAAAUUCAACAACCAGAGGUACAUCUUGCACCAUUGAAUGUUGAUACAAGUAUAGUGCUGAAGAAUUCUCAAGUUCAACCAUCUCGGGUCCAACAGAGGCUUUUGACCCCUCAACAACAGGAGCAACAGCAUCAACAGGAACAUUCACCCUCACAACAACAACAACAACAAAAUCAGCAGCUCUCCCCAAUAAUUCCAUCAUUACUACUUCAACAGCAGCUACCUUCUCCUGUUCUCCAACAACAUAAACAACAACAGCAACAGCAGCAGCAGCCGCCGCCACCGCCACAGCAGCAACAUCUUCUGAAACAAUUCCAACAGCAAACACAAGUGCAAUCACAUCAACAACGACAGCAGCACAUUCAACAGCAUCAGCUUCAACAGCAACAAAAACUACAUCAACUUCAUCAACAGCAGCAACAGCAACAGCAGCUUCACCAGCAACAAAUUCAACAUCAACAGGAAAUUCAACAACAGUUUCAGCUACAGAAGAUGCAACAACAACAACAACAACAUCAUCAUCACCAGCAACAGCAAGCUCAAUUGUCUUCAAAUCCACCUCACCAAACGCAAAGUCAUGUAUCUCGUCCAUAUUCAAAAGCACAUCAUCCACAAGAACAGCCAAAGGAAAGCGAGGUUACUACCAAACCAUCUAUCAGCGUUUCUGCAACAGAAUCUGUAACACAUACAUCAACUGCUACUGUUGUACCAUUGCCAAGAGCCAUUACUUCACCAUUAAUGGAACGUGUGUUGCCACAUCCGCUCACGUCACAAACAGGCAAUUUCCCAGGAAGUAGUCCAAGACAUCCAAUAAUUACUUCACCAUCUCAUGUAGCUGCAACAGAGCAUAGGACACCAGCAACCAUAUCUGACCAACCAAGUAGGAGUCCUCAACUACAGCCUCCAAGUAGAAGUCCUCAACUACAACCUCCAAGUAAAAGUCCCCAACUCCAACCUCCAAGUAAAAGUCCCCAACUCCAACCCCCGAGUCGAAGUCCUCAACUCCAACCCCCAAGUCGGAGUCCCCAACUUCAAUCUUCUCACAGUGAACGCAUGUUCUCAGUGCAGUCACCGCAGGGUUCUUGGAACAUGGGUCCUCGAAUGUAUCAAAAUCCACAGCGAUUGUUGUCACCUCAUCAACAGCAACAACCCUGGCUAUAUUCUCAACAAAAACAAGAAGUUCAGCUAGGCAAAGAAGGCGUGUCAGUGGCGCAACCAACUGUAUCCACACAAUCUAGUAUGGCUCAACAUGUAUUCACAACAUCUGUUGCCGAAACUGUUCCAGCUGCAUAUAUACUGAACCAAUCUGUUGGAAGACAAGAUAUAAUACAACCUUUUCCAUUUAUGCAGGCACCAACACCUCAGGCCCAUCUACGAGAUGUAGUUCAUCCGGUAGUUUCACAACAGCCUGUUGGUGCAUAUCCUAUGCUCACACUAAAUGAAUAUUCACAUGCUGCCCUGACUGAUCAAAGUCGACUGAAGGAAGCGUCAGUUGCAACCAGCCUCAACUUACCUGCUGGCAGCAAGGUUACUCCUAUAACUGGUGUUGCGUAUGCCUUACCUCAUGCUGUAAUUCACCAAGAAGAUCCCAGUACUGGUGAUGCACUUAGUAAACAUGCAGCUAGAAAGCAGACCCCUAUGCAACAUCUUCAGGGAUAUGCAGCAGAGAGAAAUGCAGGAGGGGAAAUUAUGCAGUCAUUCCGUAGUGUCAAUAUGGAUCCCGCAAUGCAUCAGAUGCAGGCCCACGGGAGAGAUAUUCGUGUGGUAACUCCUGCUCCACAGGCAAUUUCAGUGUCUGGUAUUCAAGGGUUGAUGCCAACGUCGUCAUCCCAGUCACUCACAGUAGCUGCAGUGCAUGGUGUAGCAGCUAUGGGGACACAGCCACAGCAACAUACAAGUCCAAUACAGGGUACAAUAUCUACAAUGUCUUCAGUACAGCAGCCAAGCACACAUCAACAAGCAGCAUCUAAAACACCAGAUAGUUUAACUAGAUUACUUCAGCGGUAUCCAGUUAUGUGGUGGGGCCAGUUAGUAUUGAAGAAUGAAUUCAGUUCCGUUGAGAUGCAUUAUGUAUCUGGCAAUAAGGACUUAGCACAGCAGUCAUUGCCAUCACUACUGCCAGGAGGGACACUGCCAUUACCAUUGCUACGAAUAGCACAAAGAAUGCGAUUAGAACCGUCACAGUUAGAUGGAGUAUCCAGACAUAUGCAGGUUGACGGUACUUAUUGUUUGUUACUUGCACUUCCAUGUGGUCGGGAUCAGUAUGAUGUUAUGGCACAGACAAAAACACUCCAGACUGGAUUAAUACAAUAUCUUCAAGAGAAGCAUGCUGCUGGCAUCAUAAAUAUUCCUGGUCCAGGUCCAGGAUCAAAUCAGGCUGCCUACGUUCUACAUAUAUUUCCACCGUGUGAUUUUACCCAAGAUAAGUUGAGAAGAGUUGCCCCUGAUCUGCUGGAAAGUGUACAGGACAUAGCACAUCUUAUGAUUGUCAUAGCAACUGUAUGAGUAAUAAAAAGAUAUGAAAGUGAGGAUUAUUUGGAGACGUGCGUUCUGGAUAUGCAUGUAUCGCAUGUAGAUAUCAGGAAUAUCGCUGGCAUCGGGGAAUAAUGGUGACUCAGGAAUAUUGAAUACUCAGGAAUAUCUGUAUGUAUGGCAAUUGGAGAAUAUCGCCAACUUGGAAUACCACAAAAUAGCGAUGUUAUGGAUGGUUCUGGAAUACUGCCAGUAUGACUUUGGGAGAAUAUCACGGACGUGGAAUGCCAUGAAAUAUUGAAGUUAGGGAUGACCUUGGAAUAUGCCUGUAUGGACUAAUGGGAAUGUCACCAACGUGAAGUACCACCACUUUGGAAUUGCAGGAAAUACUGACAUUGUGUAUAACCCAAGAGUAUUGCCAAAAUUGUAUACCAGGGAAUAUCACAAAUAUGGAAUACUAGGGAGUAGCUACACUAUGGGAAACCCUGGAAUACCAGGGAAUAUCAACACUGUGGAUAAACCCUGGAAUACCUGGAAAUGCCAACACUGUGGAUAACCCUGGAAUGCCUGGGAAUACCAACACUGGUUAUCCCUGGAAUACCUGGGAAUGCCGCCACUAUGGAUAACCCUGAAACACCAGGGAAUACCGACACUAUGAACCUGGGAAUACCUUCUGUUGGGAAAAUCUAUAGAAUAAUCCAAUGUAGAGAGACAAGGAAGCAGUGGAUAUUCAGGAUGUUAGCCUUGGCAGCAAAUCCACAUGUCCACUGUCUAAAAUAGAAUAUAAUUUGCUGCACUUACUGAGGGAUACAACUCGACUGUAACUGUACACUGACACUACUUAAUUUACAUUUGAAAAUAAGUGACCUUAUUGAAGUGAAAGUAUCUCUGGUAUUAUUUGCCAGUCUCUACUGUUCAUAUUGUUUAUUAUUAAGAAUUGUACCUUGCAAAGAAUAACAUAUUUAUUGUGGUCAAUCCCAAGUAUCCAUUGUACUUGCAUUACUUUGUUUUCACCCAUAUUUAUCUGGGUAACUAUCCAGGGGAAUGAACAUGAACUUCUUUUCUGAAAUAUCAUAUUUGUUUUUUUAAUAGUGCAUGUGCUUACAUAAAUGACAGAGGUGUGUCUAUUGUCAUAAAAAGUCGUAUUUCAAAAAUCCAGUACAGGCUAAUUCGCUUUUAUUGAAAAUGCGCUUCUAAUAGAGCAAAUAUGGUAUUACACUUGCCAGAACAUCACAUGCCAAUGCACGCAUUUCUAGCUUUUAUGUCUCUGUGCUGUGUAUUUUAGGAAUUCAUAGACAGUGAAGUUCAUUAUCCAUAUUCUGUUCAUAACAAUUUUGAAACCAUUCUGAAGUAAGUCACACUUUUUUACACACAUGGAGACAAUUAAUAUUUACGAUUGCCUCAAAUAUCUGGAAAAUUGGGAUGGGUGCAAAACCACGCAUUUCUCUGUCUCUGCAAUCAAUGUUAUGGGUGGGGGAAAUUUGUGGGCAGAUACCCAGAUAAUAGCAACGCGAGUCAAUGAUGGUACCACCGCCGAAGCUUUCGCCUUAUUUAUAUAGCUGUCAUAAAUAUGAUUAAGUGAUAUCCGAAUGUCUGCUUUUAAUCACAUGGCCAAUUGCAAAAACGAUUCAAUUUGAAAUUGUGCUUUAUUUGCGAUACUUGUAUAUAUUCAUGCAGUUGCCGCCGUUGUUUUUUGAUCAUUGGCAUAAUUAUUGCCCAAUCUUGGCAAAAUCUGGUUAAUGAGAUAAAUUUAAAUAAUAAAAAGCACUGUUGGAUGAUGUGUUUACAGUUCUGAACCCUAUAUCAAGUGAUAUUCAACAUGCUAUAUCAACUGCGAUAUCACAACUGGUCAUGUGAUACUGAAAUGAAGCACAUUUUGAAGUUGUAUUGUCGACAACAAUUGGUUGAAAGCUCUUCUAAUUUUCUGUUAUUUGGUCGUUCAAAACCUGCCAUGUCUGCUGUCUUGUUGAAUUGUUGUGUUACGGCUGUCAAUAUUCUAGACGCAAAUUAACCUGCUCGUCAAAAGCUUCAAAAACUUUUAUAAAGGUAACAUCAUUGUGUAUAGCAUCUGUCUCACCACGUCAUGGUCCAUAUGGGGCCCCUAAUGACGUAUAUAACGUGUGUAAUAAUAAUUUCAAGGUAUCGUUUUCUCGAAGACAAAUUUUCAAAUUUUGGAGAGAGUGUACUUUGCUAUGUAGCACUAGUGAUUUAAACACUGCUAUAUUGAAAAAAAAAUACAAUUUUCUUGGUUGGUUUAAACCCUACAUGCAUUGUGGCUGCCACAGAGAGUGGAAAUGCAGCUUUAAAAAAAGGCUGCCAUCUUUGUUUUGGUUUUAACCAGCCACAUCAGUUAUGUAACUACUGAUUGUAGACUUUUUAUUCUGCUAAUGCAGUGUAUGACGUUAACAAUGAAAUCAAAAGCGAUUUCAUUUUGAGAACUUUUUUUUUUAAAAAGUGAACUCAUUCCUAGAAACAGUUGUGAUGCAGUUUGUUACAGGAAUAUAGGGUAGGGGGGAAAACAAAAGGUGUAUUUUCUUUUUUGUGAUGAAACGUCUGGCCAAACAGUGUGACAUAGUGUGGUGUUUUUGAGCUUGUAUAAUGUUGUGUAAAUAGUAUAUAAAUCAUUGCUGAAACGUGGCAUCAGUUUGUGACAAUAUUUAUUCACAUUGACCAACAACAGUGGAAAGAUAACACUGUAUUUUUUGAAUGUUACGUUUAUAUGCCCUCAUCUUUUUCCGAAACAUAAAUGGCCAGACUCAAAAUUGGAAAUAUUUAUGAGACACUAUAUGUUGAGUACAUAGUCUUUAUUUUUAACUUGUAAAAUACAGAGUUUUCACAUUUCAC